GCGCCAUCUAGUGACAGACACGAAAACGUGCAGAGUUGCGUGAAUCGCAUGGUGGUGGCAUCACAAUUUUCACAGUGAAACGUGGAUUUAUUGAGGUCAUGAAGCAAAAUACCUUAUUUUUUGAGAAGGUAUGAGUCAGCUGGUGCAACCGCACUUCUCGGAGACACUUCGGACAUUCUCUGGAGUUGCCGCAGACGAACAAUGCUUUGACGAACCUGCCGAUGCCAUUCUCCAGAAGAAGGAGGUCCAGAAUGAAAGGCGCUUGAAAAAGAGCAGUGCAUCUUGGAACUUUGUCAAGCAGACCAUCUUGUCUGUGAGGGACAAGUCAGAUACUGAGGUUAUUGUUGCCUUACGGGAGCUGCUUCACUAUGCUCAAGAGUUUGCCGGAGGCGACUGCUUGGAGGAGGUCAUUCAGUCCGCGGCACUCCUGCUGCUGGACACGUUCCAGGAGUCUGAAGACAAUGGCCUCGUCAGCGACAGGCAGAGGCAGCUCCUCCGCACAACCUUCGGCAGCUUCCCUCCCGACCUGCCCAACAGAGCGCACAGCCUCGUGCGCAAGAUCUUCUCCUGGCUUCCCCCGGAGACGCGGGACCUUCUGCUGGAGCAGAAGAACAGCAUCGAGGACCAGUUCCCGGAGUCGGCCGAGUUCACCCGGAAGCUCAAGGUCGGCGGGUUUGUGCCCUUCGUGGACGAUGAGAUCGAGGUGUGUUCGGAGGAUGAGCUGUUUGUCAAGGACCAAGCGCGGCUGGACAUGAGCUACAAGACCCCCGUGCUUCAGAACGGGGUUUCCAGGAAGCCCAAGAACCGCUACAACUCUAGUUGGUUGAGGGAACAGGUGCAGACUGUGUUGGCCGACAACAGUGCCCUAGGUCUGUCGGUGGAGGAGAUUGUGAACGUCGUCACGCCCAUGCUGGACUCCCAUCGCACCGACAAGGAGCUCGAGGGAGAGAUGUUUGAAUUUUUUGGUGCCGAGUUUCUGGGCGUGAUUCACAAUAUCCUGGACCACCGGAAAGAGCUGGUGAAGGCCAUCAAUGCAGAAGCUUUGAGCACAGGAGAUGCUUUCCCUGAUGUACCAGCCUUAAAGAACCAGCCCACAAAGCCUACCUAUGGCUGCCAAGUCACUGUACAGUCUGAACAAGAGAAAGCCCUUAUGAAGAAAAUUCAGAAAGAGGAGAAGAGGAUUGGGCGUGAUCGCAUGAAAAACACGAAGGAUCAAGAGGACGAGGUUCAACUAAACGUGGAAUUUCUGCGAAGGCAAAAGCACGCAGAACUAAAUGCAGAACUAAAAACGGUCAAGGAAGCUCCACUGUUGCCCCGGAGGCCACAGGUUUACGUGGAGCGGUACCCCAAUGUGUAUGACUCUUUCGCAGAAGCCAAAAAGAGUGCUGCUUUCAUAGCAGGCACCAAGUUAGCACUUCCGACAGACUGCAAAGUUAAGAGCACUGGAAAGUAUGAAGAGGUCUCAAUACCCCUGAGCAAGCCUCCCCCUCCAAACGUUGGUAACAAGCUGGUGAAGGUUGCCGAUUUGGACGAGGUGUGCCGGAUCGGCUUCAAAGGUGUGGAGACCCUGAACAGGAUCCAGUCUAUCGUGUUCGACACUGUGUACAACACCAACGAGAACCUGCUCAUCUGUGCUCCGACCGGAGCAGGCAAGACCAACGUGGCCAUGCUCGCCAUCCUGCACGAAGUAAAGCAGCACGUGGACGGGAAGGGGCUCGGGAGCAACUUUAAGGUCGUUUAUGUGGCCCCAAUGAAAGCGCUGGCAGCUGAGAUGGUGCGCAAUUUCGGGAAGAAGCUGGAGCCUCUGGGUGUGGUGGUCCGUGAGCUCACUGGUGACAUGCAGCUCAGCAAAGCAGAGAUCAUGAAGACUCACAUGCUGGUGACCACGCCCGAGAAAUGGGACGUAGUGACGCGCAAGUCCACCGGGGACAUUGCGCUGAACCAGAUUGUGAAGCUGCUCAUCCUGGACGAAGUACACCUGCUGCACGGAGACAGGGGCCCCGUGCUGGAGGCUCUUGUUGCCAGGACCCUGAGACAGGUGGAGUCCUCCCAGCGGAUGAUCCGAAUCGUGGGGCUGUCGGCCACGCUGCCGAACUAUGAGGACGUGGCCCACUUCCUGCGGGUGAACCCGCGGAUGGGGCUGUUCUACUUUGACAACCGCUUCCGCCCAGUGCCCCUGGGCCAGACCUUCAUCGGGGUCAAGGCCACCUCCAACCUCCAGCAGAUGACUGACAUGGACGAGGUCUGCUUCGACAGGGUCUUCAGCGUCGUCCAGAAGGGCUUCCAGGUUAUGGUGUUUGUGCACUCGCGCAACUCUACCGUGAAGACCGCACGAGCCCUGAGGGAGUUGGCCCAGCAGCAGGGGAAGUUGCCCAAGUUCCAGGUGGUUCAGAGCGUCCAGUAUGUGAAUGCCGAGAAGCAGAUGAUGCAUUCACGGAACAGCGCCAUCAAGGAUCUGUUCCCAUACGGCUUCUCGAUCCACCAUGCGGGGAUGCUGCGCUGCGAUCGUAACCUCGUGGAGAAGUUGUUCAGCGAGGGCAUGAUCAAUGUCCUCGUGUGUACCUCCACCCUGGCCUGGGGGGUGAACCUGCCUGCUCAUGCAGUCAUCAUCAAGGGCACGGACAUCUAUGACUCGAAGCACGGGUCCUUUGUGGACCUGGACAUCCUGGACGUGAUGCAAAUCUUUGGCCGGGCAGGCAGGCCCCAGUUCGACAAGGAGGGCCACGGCACCAUCAUCACCACCCACGCCAAGCUCAACAAGUACCUGUCCCUCCUCACCUGCCAGUUCCCCAUUGAAAGCAACUUCCACCAGAACCUCAUGGACAACCUCAAUGCCGAGAUUUCUCUGGGAACUGUCUCGACUGUGAGUGAAGCAGUGGAGUGGCUGAGCUACACCUACCUCUUUGUGAGGAUGCGGAGGAACCCUCUGGUCUACGGCAUCAAGUGCACAUCGCUUCUGGAGGAUCCGACGCUGUGCCAAUACCGACGGGACCUGGUGAUCUCAGCGGCCAAGACCCUGGACAAGGCCAGGAUGAUUCGCUUUGACGCCAAAUCGGAGAGCCUGGACUCGACCAACCUGGGACGCACGGCCAGCCACUUCUACAUCAAGCACGCCACCGUGGAGCACUUCAACGACCUCCUCGAGCGCAAGUGCCUCACCGAGGGCGACAUCCUGGCCGCGGUCUCCAAGGCGCAGGAGUUCGACCAGCUGCAGGUGAGGGAGGACGAGCUGCCCGAGCUGGACCUAUUGCUGGACGUAAGCUGCAAGCUGUCCGUGGCGGGAGGCAGCGAAAACUCCUUCGGGAAGGUCAACAUCCUCCUGCAGAACUUCAUCUCCCGUGGACCCGUCGAGUCCUUCUCUCUCAUCUCUGACCAGGCCUACAUUGUUCAGAAUGCCACCCGCAUCCUGCGUGCUUUGUUCGACAUGGUGCUGAGGGCGGGUGGUGCCAUCAUGGCCGGCCGCAUCCUGACCCUCUGCAAGGCGGUGGAGCGCCAAGUAUGGAGCUUCGAGAGCCCCCUCAAGCAGUUUCCCGACAUCGGCUACCACGUCCUCAAGCACAUUGAGGAGAAGGACAUCCGUGUGGACUACAUCAAGGACAUGGGGGCCAAGGACAUUGGAAUGAUGGUGCACAACCCGAAGGUGGGCACGCAAGUGGAGCUGUGUGCUCGGCAGAUUCCGCAGCUGGUGGUGGUGCCCCGCAUCCAGCCCAUCACCCGCACGGUCAUCAAGGUUCAGCUGGACAUCACAGCGGACUUCCGCUGGAGCGACCGGGUCCACAAAGGCGCAGAGGCCUUCUGGAUCUGGGUCGAGGACCCCAACUCGGACGAGAUCUACCACUAUGAGUACUUUGUCCUCACCAAGAUGCAGGCUGUGAGGCAGGAGACUCAGAACCUGGUGUUCACCAUCCCUGUCACGGAGCCCCUGCCCCCCCAGUACCUGGUGCGGGUGGACUCGGACCACUGGCUGGGCUCGGAGCAGACCAUCCCCCUCACCUUCCACCACCUCAUCCUGCCCGAGCGACACCCACCUCACACGGAGCUGCUGGACCUGCAGCCCCUGCCUGUGGGUGCCCUGAACAAUGUGAUGUACGAGGUGCUGUACAGCUUCAGCCACUUCAACCCGAUCCAGACGCAGAUCUUCCACACCCUGUACCACACAGACUACAACGUGCUGCUGGGCGCCCCAACGGGCUCCGGCAAGACCAUCGCAGCCGAGAUUGCCAUGUUCCGCAUCUUUAACGUCAACCCUUCGUCCAAGGUGGUGUACAUAGCCCCCCUGAAGGCCCUAGUCAGGGAGAGAAUCAAGGACUGGAAAGUGAGGCUGGAAGAGAAGUUGGACAAGAAGGUGGCAGAGCUGACGGGGGACGUCACUCCCGACUUCAGGGUGAUCACAAACGCGCAUGUGAUCGUCACGACGCCGGAAAAGUGGGACGGCAUCAGCCGCAGCUGGCACACCCGGGGCUACGUCAAGGACGUCUCUCUCAUCAUCAUCGACGAGAUCCAUCUGUUGGGUGAGGGAAGAGGCCCCGUGCUGGAGGUCAUAGUGUCUCGCGCCAACUACAUCAGCUCCUACACGAACCGCAAAGUGCGCAUCAUCGGCCUGUCGACAGCCCUCGCAAACGCACGAGACCUGGCAGACUGGCUUGGCAUUGGCGAGGUGGGGCUGUACAACUUCAAGCCGGCGGUGCGCCCGGUUCCCCUGGAGGUGCACGUGGCGGGUUUCCCGGGCAAGCACUACUGCCCCAGGAUGGCCCUGAUGAACAAACCCACCUACAGAGCUGUCCAGCAGCACUCCCCAGAAAAGCCCGUGCUCAUCUUCGUGUCCUCACGGCGGCAGACACGGCUCACAGCCCUGGACCUGAUUGCAUUCCUUGCGGCGGAAGACAACCCCAGGCAGUGGCUACACAUGCCUGACGACAAGAUGGACUCGGUCAUCCAAGGCGUGAACGACCAGAACCUGAAACUGGCCCUGGCAUUUGGCAUUGGCCUGCACCACGCUGGUCUUCAGGAGAAGGACAGGAGGAUCGUGGAGGAGCUCUUUGUCAACCAGAAGAUACAAGUUUUGAUUGCCACUUCGACCCUUGCCUGGGGAGUGAACUUCCCAGCUCACCUGGUCGUCGUGAAGGGAACUGAAUACUACGACGCAAAAGUGCAGCGCUACGUGGACUUCCCCAUCACAGACGUGCUGCAGAUGAUCGGACGAGCGGGGAGACCACAGUUCGACGACCAGGGUGUAGCAGUUGUGCUAGUCCACGACCUCAAGAAGAAGUUCUACAACAAGUUCCUCUAUGAGCCUUUCCCCGUAGAAUCGAGUCUGCUGGAUGUCCUGGCAGAUCAUGUGAAUGCUGAAGUGGUAGCUGGGACUAUCAGGUCCACCCAGGACUGCCUGGACUACAUGACCUGGACAUACUUCUACAGGAGGCUGCUUCAGAACCCCAGCUACUAUGGUCUGGAAAACACGGAACCAAAGCAGAUGAAUGCCUACCUGUCCAACCUUGUUACCAAGGCUCUCCGAACACUGCAAGACUCCUCUUGCCUGGAGGUUGACACAGACGACCGCACCCUGAUCUCGACGGCCCUGGGCAAGAUAGCCUCCUUCUACUACAUGAGCCACGAGAGCAUCCGGCUACUGUACGAGACCCUUCAGGUGGACUCCUCGGUGGAGAAGAUCCUGAGGGCGCUCACCCAGGUGAAGGAGUACGCCGAGCUGCCCGUCAGGCACAACGAGGACCUCAUCAACGGGGACCUGGCCAAGAGCUGUCCUGUGGCAGUGGACAGCAGCACCUUUAACAGCCCCUACACCAAGGCCCACCUGCUGUUCCAAGCCCACUUCUCAAGGCUCCAGUUGCCUUGUUCAGACUACAAGACUGACACCAAGUCGGUGCUAGAUCAGGCCAUCAGGCUGCUGCAGGCCAUCAUCGACAUUGUGGGCAACCAGGGUUGGCUGUGUCCUGCUCUCUCGGGCAUCAUUCUGCUCCAGAUGAUCAUCCAGGCCAGGUGGCACACAGACAACACUCUCCUGACCCUGCCACACAUUGACGAGGCUGCUGUCGUCUGCUUCAAGUCCAUCUCUGUGGAUUCGUUACCGGAGGCAGUUCAGCUGUGCAACGAAUCUCCAAAAGCGUUGGAGAAAGCCCUUCACGAAAAACUACAAGAAAGGCAACUGCACCAGGUGAUGGAUACAUUGCGACAGCUUCCAAACCAGCGUGUGCGUCUCUACAUCGAAGAAAUUUCUGUCGCAGAGAAGCAGGACUGGACUCCCAUCAAGCUGGAAUGCAUACGUGGGCCCGUGCCGGACGACCACUGGGUGCCCGUGCGGUCCAGUGGGGAGUAUGUGCUCCAGGCCGAGGUGUCCCAGCAGCACGGCCGGGGCAAGGGCGGCUCCUUCCGGGCCCUGGCGCCCUGCUUCCCCAAGCCCAAGGACGAAGGCUGGUUCCUGGUGCUGGGGCACGCACAACGCAAGGAGCUGAUUGCCCUCAAGCGUGUGGGCAGCCUGCGCUCCAACUCCAAGCAACACCUCACUUUCCGAGCGCCCCAGGAGGUCGGGCGUGUCGUGUACACCUUCUACCUGAUGAGCGACAGCUACUUGGGACUUGACCAGCAGUACACCGUUUGCCUUGACGUCCAAGAAGCGGGGAGCAAGGCCUACAACUAGGCAUGUUGUAUGCAGUGCCCCCGUCAAACUCUGUCAAUAAAACCUUAUUUUCUUAAACGUUCAA